AAUAGAUAAUUAAGUCGAAAAGAACUUGCAACUUGCAAGUGGUCAGCAGUCAUAUAUUCCUUCCAUGGUAGGUGGUCUGUCUCUGACUGGAGGCUGUUAGUUCUGACGUCAUCUAAUCGCCGGCGACGAGGUCUGUUAAUAACAAGAUAAUAUAUGGCCGCCUUUCGAGCAUUUCUGAACAGUCCUGUUGGGCCUAAAACCACUCAUUUCUGGGGUCCUGUAGCCAACUGGGGAUUUGUCGCUGCGGGUCUGGUGGACAUGCAGAAACCUCCAGAGAUGAUAUCGGGCAACAUGACUGCAGCGAUGUGUGUGUAUUCCGGUUUAUUCAUGAGGUUUGCGUGGAUGGUGCAGCCUCGUAACUAUCUACUUCUAGCAUGUCAUGCCUCAAAUGAAACCGUUCAAUUGUAUCAGCUUUCACGUUUUGCAAAGCAUCAAGGGUAUUUACAGCCGAAGGAAGAUAAGUCUACAUCAACUUGAACGAAUAUGUUAUUUUUCGUUUUUGUUUCGUUUGUAUCUUUGAAGUUGAAUGUAAUCGUUGAUUUGAAAAACUAAGCUAUCUUGGCAGCUGCUUUAACCACCUUGAUUGAUCUCAAUUGAUGGUGAUACUGAUGAUGAUCAUCAUUAUUGUUCUUGGGUGUUUUGUUCAAUAAAGAUUAAUAUUUUCAUGAUUU